AUGUACGAACCGCCGUCCCGAGGCGGUGGGGGAGCCGGCGCUGCCGGAGAGCAGCCUAGGGUUUACCAAGUUUGGCGAGGAAGCAACGAGUUUUUCUUGCAAGGCCGGUUCAUAUUUGGACCUGAUGUGAGAUCCUUGUUUCUCACCAUAUUCCUCAUCCUUGCACCAGUGGUGGUCUUCUGUAUAUUUGUGGCCAGACAUCUUAUCAAUGACUUUCCUGAUCAUUGGGGAGUUUCAGUUAUGGUCAUAGUGAUUGUCUUCACAAUAUACGAUUUGACACUGCUGCUUCUUACCUCUGGUAGAGAUCCUGGUAUAGUGCCACGUAACACCCAUCCUCCUGAACCUGAAGCUAUUGAUAUGAUCAAUGAUGCUGGAAAUGGCCAGACACCACAACAAUUGCUGUUGCCACGGACAAAGGAUGUUAUCGUAAAUGGGGUCAUUGUGAAGGUCAAGUACUGUGACACCUGCAUGCUGUACAGACCACCUCGAUGCUCACACUGUUCUAUCUGUAAUAACUGCGUGGAGCGCUUUGAUCACCACUGCCCUUGGGUUGGGCAAUGCAUAGGAUUGCGCAAUUAUCGGUUCUUCUAUAUGUUUGUAUUCUCUGCAACAUUACUGUGCCUCUAUGUAUUUGGCUUUUGCUGGGUGUACAUUGUGAAGAUUAGAGACGCAGAACAGUCGUCGAUCUGGAAAGCAAUGUUGAAGACACCAGCAUCAAUUGUUCUGAUCAUAUACUGCUUCAUCUGUGUGUGGUUUGUGGGUGGUCUGUCUGUCUUCCAUUUCUAUCUCAUGAGCACUAACCAGACAACAUAUGAGAACUUCAGAUAUCGCUAUGAUCGGCGGGCCAAUCCGUACAACAGAGGGAUCGUGAACAACUUAAUGGAGAUAUUCUGCACCGCAGUCCCUCCUUCCAAGAACAAUUUCCGAGCUAGGGUCCCAGUAGAGCAAGGUUUACAGCAAUCACGUGCGCCAGCAAGGGGUUUCAUGAGCCCAAACAUGGGUAAACCUGUUGGGGAACUUGAAUUGGGUAGGAAGCCAAUAUCAUGGGAUGAACCUCGGUCAGCAGCUGAUAUCAGAGACUUGGAGGUUGGUCUAGGCGGUCUAUUGGACGAGAAGGAAGACAGAGUAGCCCAUGCAUCCCCGGAUCUGAGCAGAGAAGCCCUUCCAGACCUUGUGGAAGGGAGGGCUGGUGUGCAUUCGAGGCGAUCAAGUUGGGGUCACAGAAGCGGGACCUCGGAGUCCAUGGACAGCGUUGCUGUGCAGAUGGGAACUGGAGAUUCUCACUGGGGCUCCAUUAGCAGUGUCCAUGGCACAACCAGUGGAGCUCACUAG